AUAGGUUGGCUGGGCGUGUAACGAUCUGGGGCUCAGCCUAGUCCACUGUAAAAAUUGUGCGACUUAAGUAGUGGUUGAGUAAGUUUUAAAUCCAACUUAAAAUAAGUAUAUUUAUGUAAAACACAAAUCGCUCUUCUGUUAAAACUGUCUUUCCCCCUGCCAUCCUUUCCUCAUUCAGCAUGGUGAACAGAUAACUACCUGGCUGAUGGUCACCAUGGGCGCCUGCCUCUGCAAAGGUCACCAAGAUCUUCAGAAUGACCAGCAGCAUCCCAUGGGAGAACUUCAGUACUGGUCUGAAGGACAGCCCAUUGCUAAGGGCAAUCAUCAGCCAUACAAUGGCUCUGUGACAGAUAAGAAGAACAGCAGUGGCUAUAGCAUCGGGGAGCUGGCUACAUCCUCUUUGAUGGGUCUGGUGGCCACUAUUAAGGAGCACAUAACAAAGCCUACGGCGAUGGCGCAGGGCCGCGUAGCCCACCUGAUUGAGUGGAAGGGUUGGGGUGGGGAUACAGCAGCCGGAGGGGGCUGGUGUGGCUGGAGCAGGGAUGGAGGGGGCUGGGGAGGAGCAGGGGCUGCACUGCAAGAGGACGAGCAACUCUAUUCCCACCUGACUGAUGAGAUCAAGGAGGCACGGUUUGCUGCAGGGGUAGCUGAGCAGUUUGCUCUGGCCGAGGCAGCAAUGGAUGUAUGGCCUUCACACGAUGUUGAAGAUCGAGCCACAACUAGCACAGUCCCAUUACAAGGCCCUGAUGGCCUGUAUCUCUCUCAGUUCCUCAUGGAUGGAGGAAGCUUGGGCGUCCCCCAACAUCUGUACAGCAUACAUGUGGAGGCCAAUGGUGCUGAGAGUGCUUCUUUGGCUCCCGCGCAGCUUCCUCAACCCUACUUCUCCAGCUCAGUGUCUCAGCCAGAAUCACAACACCCCCUACAAGAGCAAAGGACUUUACCACCUGAUGGCUCUGUACGACACGUAGACAGCAGCUCCGUGUCUGAAGAUGAGGUUUUUUAUGACUGAAAAUUUGAAUAUCAGUGGGCAAAGGAUUUGUAUAAUUUAUAACGGUUGUCUGGAAAUUAGGUGGGCGCUGCUACCUCAGAUGACAGUAUAAAGAUUUAUGUAUGACUUGGAGUUGAACUUCAUUUCAGUCUUUGCAGGAGAAGCUACCUCUGAAGAGGUUAUUGCCUUACUCAGUAGAUAUGUUAAAUCAAGCUCCCAUGCCAUCGUUUCAAGUGACACAACGCAAGCAUUGGAUAAUUGACACAUUAACAAACACAUCACAUGGCUUUGUUUUUCUUGGACAAAAUGUUCUCAACCAUUUGUACAGAGAUGUUUUAAGGGAGCAAAACAAAUAGCCUCACGUGGGGAGAAAGAAACACAAAUGCAUGUGAAAUUACACUCUGGUUUAGAAAGAGAGCAGAUAAUGUCGAUGAUAUCACUUUGAAAGCAGCACCUGUAAAUACCUGCUUACGAAACCCUUUCAGAUGGUUUGCCUUCCUAUUUGAAAGAAGAAAUCUGCAGGGCUUUGCAGCUGGAGAUAAUGUGGACGUAAAAAAAGACGUGUUCCCUUUAAGCCAGACACCAUUCAGACACGUCUGGUGAAAUUCAUUUAAGAACAGCUCAAUGAGACUGCGGGACAGAAAAGACUCUUUUGUGAGAAAUGGAAUCGGAGGAUGAAUGCGAUUUGUGCUGUGCUGCAGAGCCAAAACCCAGGACUUUGAGGGUUUUAACGAUUUCUAAGACAUACUUCUAUAUUUCCAUCAAGAUUUUUUCUGUGUAAAGGCUUGUAGUCUUGUUAGAUACUCACACCUAGUCCUUUGUACAUUGUGCUAAAUACAGAUGCUAUCUUUAUGUAAA